CUCUGGUCAUACUGCACCACAUACCUUUGGACGGACGGACACUCCCUUGAGCGGACAAGAAAACUGCCAAAUUUGGCAGCAAGUUUCAGCAAUUUUGACAGAUAAGUGUUCAUCGCUCUCCCACCAGUAAUGUUCGUCGACAAAUAUGCCAUCGGGAAGAGUCAGAAAACCUAGAACAUCGCUCACUUUGGAAGAGAAAAUGGAGGUAAUCCAGUCCCAGGAGCGAAACAAGCUAUCGGUUCGGGAUCUGGCCAAGAGAUUUAACAUUGGGAAGACACAGGCAGCAGACAUUUUAAAGCACAAACAGUCGAUCAAAGAGGGUCUGUUGAGCGGAGAACUAAAGUUGAACCAGAUGCGGAGGAAUCCCCUCACUCAGCGGGGCGCCCAGAUCGAUGAGAUGUGCUUCGAUUGGUUCUCGCGUGUCCGUACCGAGAAUAUACCCAUAUCGGGGGAAAUGGUGCGGAAAAAGGCCAAGCAGAUAGCGUUGGAGCUGGGCCACUCCAAUUUCUCUGCCUCCUCCGGAUGGCUGGAGAAAUGGCGGAAGCGACACAACAUCCGAUACAAUGACACCGGUGACAGCCUGGAUCUGCAGGAGUUCGAGGCCAUUCUGGUGAAGAGCGAACCCAUCUCGAAUAAGGACGAUUGUGAUGAGCCAUAUCCCGUGACGCUGAUCGAGCCUAUCUAUUCCACCGAAGAGGCCAUGAUGCAGCUGGCCCGCCUGAAGGAGUUCGCAAAGGAUGACUAUGCUUCCUACCAGCAGUUGCUUAGCCUGGAAAAUCAAUGGAGCUGGAAGUGGAACACCUUUAAAAAGGAGCUUCCUUGACCCAAGCAUGCAAUUUAAGUGCAAUACACAUUUAUCUCGAAUCUAGUAGUAAAAGUUAUUUAAUGUACGUUUCUUUUAUAAGUAACAUCGUUGAAGAUAAUUUAUCCCUUCAUCGCGUUGAAUUUAAAACUAAAACUAUUGGGUUAUUCUAUUCAUGACGAAUAUACAAAAUACAUAACUCACAAGAGCCGUAUGCAAAAAAAAAAA